CUGAUGAAGCAAGAGCUGCAGCGAGAGAAGAUGUCUUCUUCCUGUGAGCGGGAAUUUCGAGAGCGGUCCCUGAAGAUGACGAAUGAGCUGGAGCCUGGAGAUGAGGAGCUGAGCCGCCUGAAGGAGGAGAAUGAGAGGCUCCGCUCCCUGACCUUCAGCCUGGCGGAGAAGGACAUUCUGGAGCAGAACCUGGAUGAGGCCCUGGAGAGCAGGCAGGAGCUGGUGAACCGCAUCCACUCUCUGAGGGAGCGGGCCAUGGCCGCUGAGAGACAGCGAAAGCAGUACUGGGAAGAGAAGGAGCAGACCCUGCUCCAGUUCCAGAAAACCAAGGUGGACUGCGAAAUGUACAGGGAGAAGAUGAACGUCCUGAAGAGCCAAGUGGUCGAGCUGCAGAAGGAGCGGGACCAGGCCUACUCAGCAAGGGAUGGAUCCCAGAUGGAGAUUUCUCAGAACCUGGCAGAGAAGGACGCACUCCGCAGGAAGGUGUUUGAGCUGACAGACCAGGUCUGCGAACUGCGCCAGCAGGUCCAGCGGCUACAAGUGCAGGCCGAGUCGCUGCCAGGGGUGAGCUCUGCUGCUGCUCAGCCCAAGCAGGAGGCGGGAGCCAGGGAGCCCUGUCCGAAGAGGAAGCAGCGGCUGGUGCGCAUGUUUGCCCUCUGCCCGUGGGACGACAGUGACGGCAGCUCCUCUGAGUCUCAGCUCUGGUCUGACCUGAGCGCCACGUCCAGCCGAGAGCUGGUGGAUAGCUUCCACUCCAGCAGCCCUGUGCCUCCCAGCCAGCAGUUCCUGUACAAGCGGGCCACAGAGGACUUCUGGGAAGACCCCUCGUCUUUCAGUGGCUGCCCCAAAACCCUGGAGGUGGACCAGGGAGGCUCCCUGGGUGCUAAGAAGGGUGAUGCAGAUUUGGAUUACGAGAUUGUAGACAGGGCAGACCUCCCUGAGUCCGAGAACAUCCUGCAGCUGUCUUCUGGGGGCCUCCACCUCGCCGCCAGUGUCCCGGUGAGGCGGAGGCCAGCCCGCAAGAUCCUGAGCCAGGUCACGGUGCUGGCCUCGGGGGACGCGCUGCUGGAGCAGAUAAGCGUUAUUGGCGGGAACCUCACAGGCAUCUACAUUCAUCGGGUCACCCCGGGCUCCGCAGCAGACGAGAUGGCCUUGUGCCCCGGCACCCAGAUUGUGAUGGUGACUCAGCAGCUGCUCAUCGCCCUCAUCCAGGACAUGGCUCAUCAGAGCACCAUGGCCCACAAGCAGCCUUCUGGGGGAGCCCAGAAGCUGGUCCGCAUCGUCGGUAUGGACAGAACCAAGGCCAGCCCUCUGUGGUCAUCCUUUGAUGGGGGCCAGUUGGACCCAAGCCAGGUAGAAGGUGAGGCGGACCCCUCCACUGUGUGCUUCUGGGCCGAAAGCUACUUCACCCUGGUGCCCUACACCCUGGUGCACAGCCACAGGCCCAGCCGGCCCCGGCCAGUGCUCUUCGUGCCCGGGGUGGUCGGGAAGAUCCUGAUGGAGAAGCUGUGCCUCUUCCAAGGGUAUAAGAAGUGCCCAGCAGCAUACCUGAGCCAGGAGGAGUAUGAUGCCUCCAGCCAGAGAGGGAACAUCAUCCAGGAGAGGGAGGCACCUGGUGGUCGCUACUGUGUCACCUGCAGAGCAGUCGAGUCCCUCAUGGGAAAGAACACCCACGCCCUCCUGGAUGUCCAGCUGGACAGUGUCCGCGUCCUGCACAAGAUGGAGAUCUUCCCCAUCAUUAUCCACAUCUCCAUCAAUGAGAAGGUGGCAAAGAAAUUCAAGAAGGCUCUGCAGCAGCUCGGCACCGCAGAGAACCAGCUCCUGGAGGCUGCCAGGCAAGAGGAGGGUGAGCUGGAUGAAGUGCCCUGUCUGUACAGCAGCCUGGCCCCCGACAGCUGGAGCGACCUGCAUGCCCUGCUCGGCUGUGUCCGCCUGGCCAUUGCAGAUGAGCAGAAGAAGGUUGUGUGGACAGAGUAGAGGCCUUGCUGAUGGCCCCUGUGUCAUAAACAAAUUCAGAAAAUGAACUUGGUAUAUUUUACUAAAAUAAAAAGCUUUUACAAC